GCUUCCGGUAGAUUGUGCCGAGCGCAAAGAUGCAAGAGGGAGACAUUGUUGAAUCUGGCAACAGCAGGAGAGGACAGAUGAACAGCUGAGACACAGCAAAAGCACUGAGCAGAGCAAACAAGUGAAAAAAUCACACUUUCAGUUUACUCACCGUACGGAUUUGAUGGUCAUUGGUUGUGCUGUGCUGUCAGCGGGGUGAUGUAAUCUGUUGCGGUGUUGAUAUCCCGGACAAGGAGCCCCCAGACAACCAAGCAGUGAGGAACUGAAGCAUCUGUACUAGAAGUUUCCUGAGACCUAUCUCUGAUUUCCUGAGGAUGGAGAAGGACCGGAGUCCUAUCACUGAGAGGAUACUAAAUCUCACCCUGGAGAUCAUCUACCUACUAACUGGGGAGGAUUAUGCAGUAGUGAGGAAGACACUUUCCAGCUGUGCCUCCAUCACGGUGCCUCCACCUCACUCACUGAUACAUGAGAGGCACAAUGACCAGAAGAUCCUGGAACUCACCAACAAGAUCAUUCAGCUGCUGACUGGAGAGGAGGGGGAGUAUAUAGAAGAACACAGGGGUCUGUACAUGGACGUGAUGACGGAAAAUCACCGGCCUCUCACAUCACUGGAUGGACCCAGUAACAGAUACCCCAGAGAGAUGUCACCGUCCUCUGUAUUCCCAGGAUUGUACAGAGGAGAAUCACAGGAUCCCACAGGAGCAUCAGGAGGAAUAUAUUACUUAUUUUAAGAUAGAAGAUAAAGAGAGGGAAGAAGAGACGUAUGUGACUGAUAUGAAGGCAGAAGAUACAGAGGGAGAAGAAGAGACGUAUGUGACUGAUACGAAGGCAGAAGAUAUAGAGGGAGAAGAAGAGACGUAUGUGACUGAUAUGAAGGCAGAAGAUAUAGAGGGAGAAGAAGAGACGUAUGUGACUGAUAUGAGGGCAGAAGAUAUAGAGGGAGAAGAAGAGAUGUAUGUGACUGAUAUGAGGGCAGAAGAUACAGAGGACGAAGAAGAGACGUAUGUGAGGGGUAAUCAGCAGUGUAAGGAGGAGGAAAUCCCUACAGAUAUCAGCACAGCAGAUGGACCUUGGAGGAAGAUCUCGCAGAAGACCUCGGAGGGAGAUCUCAUUUUGUUUCCAGAUUUUACAAUACAAGAUAACAUUACACAGGUUUCUUUAGGAGAUAUCCCUCUAAAUAUACAUUCUGUACCUCUCAGUUCCGAUAUUCCAUCUGAUUCCUCUGAUCAUGGGGAAUGUUCUCCCGAUCGCUCAAUUAUAGCUACACAUAGUGCUGGUCUUACAAGUGAUUCAGUCUUUACCUGCUUUGAAUGUGGUAAAAAAUGUGUACAUCAGUCACUGUUUGUUAGGCAUCAGAGAUCUCACACAGGUGAGAAGCCAUUUCCAUGUCCUGAGUGUGGCAAAUGUUUUACAGUGAAGUCAAAUCUUGUCACACAUCAGAGAAUUCACACAGGCGAGAAACCGUUUCCAUGUCCUGAGUGUGGUAAAUGUUUUACACAGAAAUCAGCUCUUGUUAGACAUCAGACAAGUCACACAGGUGAGAGUCCAUUUUCUUGUCCUGAGUGUGGGAAACGUUUUAUAUAUAAAUCAGAUCUUGUAAUACAUGAGCGAAUUCACUCAGGGGAAAGGCCAUUUCCAUGCUCUGAAUGUGGGAAAAGUUUUUCUAUGAAAUUAGACCUUGUUAGGCAUGAACGAAUUCACACAGGCGAGAAACCAUUUCCAUGUCCUGAGUGUGGGAAAUGUUUUACAGUGAAGUCAAAUCUUGUCACACAUCAGAGAAUUCACACAGGCGAGAAACUGUUUCCAUGUUCUGAGUGUGGGAAGCGUUUUACAUACAAAUCAGUUCUUGUUACACAUCAGAGAAGUCACACAGGUGAGAAUCCAUUUUCUUGUCUUGAGCGUGGGAAACGUUUUAUACAUAAAUCAAAUCUUGUCACACAUCAGAGAAUUCACACAGGCGAGAAACCGUUUCCAUGUCCUGAGUGUGGGAAAAGGUUUACACAGAAAUCAGCUCUUGUUAGACAUCAGACAAGUCACACAGGUGAGAGUCCAUUUUCUUGUCCUGAGUGUGGGAAAGGUUUUAUAUAUAAAUCAAAUCUUGUAAUACAUGAGAGAAUUCACACAGGGGAGAGGCCAUUUCCAUGCUCUGAAUGUGGGAAAAGUUUUUCUUUGAAAUUAGACCUUGUUAGGCAUGAACGAAUUCAUACAGGCGAGAAACCAUUUCCAUGUCCUGAGUGUGGGAAAUGUUUUACAGUGAAGGCAAAUCUUGUCACACAUCAGAGAAUUCACACAGGCGAGAAACCAUUUCCAUGUCCUGAGUGUGGGAAGCAUUUUACAUACAAAUCAGUUCUUGUUGCACAUCAGCGAAGUCACACGGGUGAGAAGCCAUAUCCAUGCCCUGAGUGUGGGAAAUGUUUUACACAGAAAUCAAAUCUUGUUACACAUGAGAGAAGUCACAAAGGUAUGUAACCAUUUCCAUAUAGUGAGGGCCUGAUUUGUGUUUGUAUGCAACCUAAUGGUUUGCAUACAAGUCUGUGUCAUUAGAUGCAGACUUCCUGGACCCUGCUGACUGGAUCCGAUAGCCAGUCUGAGUAUGCUUUGGUCUGCGUAGACUGACCAAGGUCUGCUACCAUCACGAGUCGCGAUGAUGAUCCAAUGCUGUGUAGUCAGAUACAGCCCACUGAUAUCACUGAUGCGAGCAGGGGGCAUCUUAUCUCUUACAGACGUAUCCUGCAUUUCCAUUUAAUUUGUACGGUAUUGUACACCUGUGUCUGCGCAAUGCCUUACAGAUCAACAUCAGGCCCUGCGUUCACAAUAUACUUUACACUAAAAUAUCUUGUUAGAUGUUAUCAGCAUCUCACUGGUAGGAUCGCCUCUGCCUGUUUGACAGGCAGAGGUGGGAGGGGGUGUGCCAAAGAACGCCGUUGGCAGGGCGCGGUCCGGACAACCGAGGUGUGUCUAGACCAUUGGGGCGGUCUGCGGCGUGUGCGUGUUGUCACAUGCAGCUGCUGCGACCCGAAGAGCGACAGGUAGCUCCCUGCCAGCGAGCAGGAGCAGUGCAGGUAGGGAGCUACUUGUCAAGUACAAAAGCAUCGCCGCUGUGGGAUUCUUUUGUACUUGGUGGGUGGGGGCUGACAUGCGGGGUGGACUAGAGCUGUGCUGGGUGUCCCCCCACAAGUCAGAGUAACUGAUAGUAGAUGUGCUAAAUUUUGCACAUCUACGAUCAACUCUGAAUUACCCCCAAAAUGUAGGUAAAGCAUACACCUAUCACACAUAGCAUUAUAACCACAUGUCUAAUAUCUCCCUGUUGUGCCACCAUAACAGCUCUGACACAUCCACAAGACCUGUGAAGGUGUCCUGUAGUAUGUGGCACCAAGAUGUCAGCAUCGGAUCCUUAAGCCCUGUGAGGUGGGGCCUCCAUGGCUCCAGCACAUCCCACAGAUGCUUGUUCAGAUUGAGAUCUGGGGAGUUUGGAGGCCAGGUCACCACCGUCAUCUUUUUAUCAUGUUCCUCAAACUUUCUGAGCAAUUUUUGCAGUAUGGCAUGGUGCAUUAUCCUGCUGAGAGGCCACUGCCGUCAGGGAAUGCUGCUGCCAUGAAGGGGCGUACUUGUCUGCUACAAUGUUUAGGUAGGUAAUAAGUAUCAGAGUAACAUCCUCAUGAAUGGCGCUAGCCCAAGCUUUCCAAGCAGAACGUUUCCAGAGCAUCUAGCUGUCUCCACUGGCUUGCCUUCCCUUCCUGGUACCAUCUCUUCCCCAGGUGCACGAUGCACACGCACCUGGCAGACCACAUGAUCUAAAAGAAACAGCAAUGUAUCCAACGCUCACAUGGCCAGUGUAGGAGCUACCGGCAGUGAGCAGGAGUCAGCAUCAGCACUCAGACUGGUCUGCAAUGCCCUGUGUGUGGUCUGACACCUUUUAUAGCCGGCAUUAGCUUUAUCAGUCAUUUCUCUUACAGUAGCGUUUCUGUGAUAGGUCCAGAUGGGCUGGCUUUCACUCUCCAACCAGUGAGCCUUGGGGGAACCAUGACUCAUUGAUUGUCCUUCCUUGCACCACUUCCUAUGGGUACUAACCACUGCAUACCAGGAGCACCGCACAAGUCCUGCUGUUCUGGAGAUGCUCUGACCCAGCUGUCCAGCCAUCACAUUGUGGCCCUUGUCCGUGUUGCUUCCAACAAAUCAACUUCCAGUAUGGAGGUUUCUUGUACUACCUACUAUAUCCCAUCCCUGGACAGGAGCCAUUAUAAUGAGAUAAUCAGUGUUACUCACGUCACCUGUCAGAGGUGUUGAUGUUAUUGCUGAUCAGUGUCUACAUCUGUCUGAUAGUGCAGUAACUUCCAAUGAUAUAAGCUGAAUUUGGGACACGGGGAUAUUAGUGUGUGUUGUACAUAAUGAGAGGAUGAUGAUGGAACACCAUAAGAGGAGGGCAGUAUAGAAGCAGUGACAUGUAAUAUACUGCACACGUCUGAUAUACUGUAUAUACACGGUAUGGAGUUGCUAUGGCAUGUCUGUCUGAUAAGGGUAAAAUGUACUAUUAGAGAAUAGGAUUAUACACAUCACACAAUGACCUCCUGUGACUGGGAAGGAGCAAUGACUGAUCGGCCAGCACUGACCAUGGGGGAAAUAAUGUGACUGGUGAGAUAAUGGGAACAGAGACUGGAAGGGGGAAAGUGUUUGUUACUCAGCGCUGUAUAUGGUGUUUUCUGGCUGCAUACUGCUUCAUUUUUGCAGCUAUGUAAUUAAUUGAAUACCUUGGUUGAUUGGGUCACUCAAUUGGAAAAACUGAGCUUAGAACAGGAAAUGUACCCUGAGGAAUGUGCACGUCUGGACUGAAACGCGUCACCUUCCCCUGAGUUGUCCACUCUAUUACAGCAAUUGUAUUAUUCAGUACAAAGUUCUUCCUAUAACAUCAGGAUCUAUCAUCACCAUCUUAAGCGUCACUGAGUAAUCUGCGACAGAGUAAUAGCUGUUUAUAACACCUAUUACAGCUGUCUCUACUACCGGUGUACAUGUAAUAUAGACACAGCGUUAUGGUGAGACUGCCUACACAUUACACAAAAUUUAAAUAAUCCCGCACCAGUAUUUCUGAUACGUUCUUUUGUAUAUACAGAUUAUAUAUAUUGUGGUAUUCUCUGCUUUACUGAAAAUAUCUUAGGUUUUUAACCUUAUAUACUCUUAUAUGCAGGUGCUCUCCAAAUGCUUGUGAGUCUUAGACCCAUAAAUACAUGCCAAAAUUAAAAAGAGAAAGAAGCAUUUUUUAUUGGACACACUUAAAAACUUAUCCUUUUUUUCUAAAAUGUCUAUUCUUUAUUGGGUAUGCAUUAAAAUAAUUCGGGGAAUUUGGUGAAAUAUUAAAAUAUAGUGUGAAUAAGAAACAAAGUGUGAUAUUAAAAACUACUAGUUUCCGAUUGGUGAUCCCUCAAAGUAUGAAACCAAAUA